AUGGCAGGUGAAGGGGAUUAUGCUCAAGGCUCUGCCUUUGAAGAUGACAGACCCGCAGAGCCACCAGCCUCGUCCAUCCUGGCCACCCAUUUCGCUCCACGCCUAGCAACUCAAGGGCAUGAGCCGCAGCGACUGUCUCGGGAGGCAUUUUCACAGCUCCGACAAGAGCUAUUGGGCGAGAAAUUUACCCAGUCUCGCUUGGAUGAGGGUAUCGCCGAUAUCAAUAAGCUGAUAUGUAUCAUUCUCAAGGCCGGGUUGGAAGCUAGCCCCACCAGCAGCGGCCCAGAAGAAGACUUGGAAGGUCAAGUCCUGGAUUGUUUGGAGAUCAUUCAAGUCAGCAUCGACAAAGCUCCCCAAUCUCUGUGGGAUGUAUCAGAUCCUCUUAUUUUGGGCGAAGAUGUCCAGGCGCCCUUGUUCUCGUGGUUGAUUCUACGGUUGAUCAGAGUCGCGUGCACGUGGCAUGUCGAGGCUGUGCAGGACAGAGUCCAUUCCAUUUUCACCAGCAUGGCUUGUUUGCAGUAUAAACAAGUCCGGUCGUCGCCGUCAUGCUAUGGAAUCUCGGCAUUCCUUCGGGCUUGCGCACUGGACAUUUUGUGCUCACUGGAAGGCUUCCUGGAUAUGGACCUACGCAGUUUUCGCCCUGUCAAGCUAUUGAUGCCAUCGAAAAGUGGAUCCCUCAUGGUGAACCUAGAUAAUCUGGGUCUUUCUCGUGGUCUGUUGAAACGCAGUCUGACUCUGGGUUCAUUUUCCCAAGCUGCGGCUCUUGCCACAGCAUUGUUGGAUGCUCUUAGUCCUGAGGCGUCAGCUCAGGGUUCCUCCAAGCGACGAAACUGCACACUCCGACAGAACCUUCCAUGGGCGUUGAAUGGGUAUCAUCGCCUUCGAAGAGUGCUGGUCAGAUGGUUACAGACCCCGGGUUUAAAAGUUACGUCGGCCGACGAGCAGAUUCUCUCACAGUUCUUGGAGUAUACCCGGCGUCUCUGUGUUUCCGAGUCAUCUAUGGCUACUAUGUUGUCCGACAUGAGUCUGGCUUCCACCUGGACUCAAUGCCUCGCCGAAUUCCUUCCCCCCAGCAUUAGUCUCUCAAUGCCUACAAUUCAACUUGAAUUGAGCCAUUUUGUGGACGAAGUGACGUUAGCUAUCAAACAAUCCAAAUUGGCUGUGCCACAACUGAGAGACAUUCUUCUUCCUGUUCUCACAGACAUCCGGGCCCAGGACUCCAAUCCUCAGAUAGUGGAAAAGUGUCUCGGGACUUCUAUCACCAGCCUUUAUAGCCAACUGCUUGAUAAUAUCUCGCUUACACUGCACUCCGCGACCUCCCCUGAUGUUGAUUCAUCUGUUGCGCACCAAAGACCACGGACCAUGGAUCAGGAGACAGAACAAGGUGAGCAAGAAAUGCGGGCAUCAAAGCGGAUGUGUCUGUCCGCAGAGUCCUCCGAUGCAGAUCUAGUUCAAAUGCUGUUAGAGGAACUUUCGACAUUGCUAGGUUCUGGGUGUGCAACAAAUUUGACAGAUUUGUGUACCGCCGUACAGAACCUAUACGAAGGAGCUUCCGAGCCCCAACGAACGCAAUUUCUACAGGUUCUGGGUAAACUUCCGUGUGCAGUGGUGGGAACUUUGGUGCGGAAGCCAUCAGGCCUUAUCACAAGCGACACCCUUUUCUGCCAAAGAUGUGACAGUGAUCAACAUGAACUGGGCAAUAUCCCUGAGAGAGAGAUCGCUAGCUACGAAGAUCUCUGGACCAUUUUGAAUUUCGUCCUACCGCGGCUCUCACGUACUCCUGGUCCGAGAAUAGCUGCCAUGGUCGCCUUAAGACGCAUCCUGAUGCACUCGCCAAAUUUAAACCAUAUGCAUCUUUCCUCUUCUACGCCCGGAGAGUUUUGCCUGCACUCCCUUCGAAGUUCAAUUCGAGAGCUUCGAGUGGCGACUGGACACUCGGUCGUAGCAUUUGUGCGACCAAACCUCCAGCCGGAUGUUCGACGAGCCAACUUUGUGGUCGUUCUAGAGUGGCUGAGAAAUCUGUCCGAAAAAGACGACAUGCCCUUACAAGAGGCAUGCAUUUUGACCCUAUGUCGUCUCGCAAGAGUUUCGGAAGAUGACGAGAAAAAUAUCAUCCUCUUACGCCUACUGGAAUACCUCGGUCAUCCAAACCCCUACGUCUGCGCCGUGACCUACAAUGAACUUUCCAAACUCGCGCAGCUAUUCUCAGUGACACCUGCCGGCUUGUUCCGGCCGUACUGGCGAACACUCUCCGUUGCAGUUGUCAAGAACCUGCAGACUCGCCCAUAUAUGGCUGAACAACUCUGCGAACUGCUGGGCAUGAAAGUUGACGGCUUCCUUCGGCUGACAGAGGUUCACGUGCUCCCCUAUCUAGUCUUGACAAGAAAGCGCGACAUUAUUUGCAGAAUUGGAGCAAGUCGUAAUGAAGGUGAAUCUCCUUUUGACGUCUGCUCUGAAAAGAACAACCUUGCUGCGAUUCUGGCCUUUCUUCUCGCCCAACAGUCUGACAAUCCGGAAGCUAUGAUCAUGUCACUUCUUGCGGAAAUAGAUCCUGCAUUCAAGGGUCGAUCCUUGGCUGAAUUGGUGCGAAUUGAACCGAUUCUUAUCGCAUGUGACUUGCUGAAGAGCCUUGGAGAUGCGGGGGAGCAGAACAAAGAAAGGUUCCUUCAAGCCCUCCGUCGGCUUGCCACUUUCGUCCCUCGAAAAUUCUUGCACGCAAGCUCUUCCAAGAAAGCAGAUCUCUUGAGCCACUUCAUCGAGGAGCAUGUUCUCGGAAUCAUCACUCAAUUUGCAAAUGCAAUCAACGAUUUUCAAGUGAGACAAACUCUGGCUGAAAAGCGGCGCAACCUCAAAGCUAUCGAGGAAAUGAUCAAUAUUGCUCAGGGACAUGUGAGCAAUGCACUGCCUCAGGUCUGCGCUUGUCUUCGAUCCGCGCUCGAGAUUGAAGAAUUGUGUGACUAUGCAUUUUCAGCUUGGAAGACAUUGAUUCGUUCUCUAAGCGAAGAGGAUAUCGAGCCUCUGAUUGACCAGACCUGGGCAAUCGUGAUCAAAUAUUGGGACAAGUUGACCGAUGAGAGCAGAAGGCAAGCUCAUCAGCUCAUUGACCAUAUCCUGACUAACCAGCCUAAUCUUGUACGGGAUACCUUCAACACCAUGCCCUCGCUUGCCUCUAUCCCUGAAUUGGCCGUAUUCGAGACCAAGAUCAGUGAGCUGCGAGCGGAAAUGGAUGUUCGGAGCAGAUUCCUAGCCCUCAUUCGACGUUGUCAGAGUGAAAAUUCAACCGUCGUUGAGCAAGCUCUGAAGGAAUUGAUGCCUUUUCUCUCGGAGAAUGAGGAAUUUCUACAUGUGUCCGUUCUCAGUGAACAGCCCGAUCCCGUUGUUGCGCAUUUGACCCGAGCAUUGCUUGAUUGCUGCGUGAAGUUCAGCACCAGCUCCGACUCCAUUACAUUGUUAUCGUCACAAUGCUUGGGCCUUGUCGGUUGUCUUGAUCCAAAUCGGGUGGAGACAAUCAAGGAGAAGAAGGACAUUCUCGUUCUAUCAAACUUUGACAGGAUGGAAGAGACUGUCGAGUUUAUUCUCUUUUUCCUCCAGCAUGUCCUGGUCGAGGCAUUUUUAUCGGCGUCCAACACGCGAGCGCAGGGAUUCCUAGCCUAUGCCAUGCAGGGUCUUCUCAAGAUUUGCAACUUAAAUGCGGCUGUCACUCAGAGAGCUCGCAAUCUCCAAGGCGACGAAAAGUAUCAACGGUGGAUGGAGCUUCCAGAAAGCGUCCGAAACACGCUCACUCCAUUCCUCACAUCCACAUACACAGUCACUGUUGUCGCUACGAAUUCAAAAGCCACAUAUCCUUUGCUGUCGCCUAAGAUAACACACAGUGAAUGGCUUCGGACCCUAGUGCAAGACCUGCUUCAAACGGGAAAUGGAGACAACGCAAAGCUCAUAUUUGCAGUAUGUAGCCGAGUGGUCAAGGGUCAAGACAUCUCCAUCUCCUCUUUCCUCUUUCCAUUCGCCGCCUUGAAUCGCAUCGUCGGGGGAACGGAGCAGGAGCAGCAGGAUCUUCAGCUCGAACUUCUGAAUGUCCUUUCCCAUCCUCUCCCCGAGGCGAACAACAAUUUCCGCGAAACAAUUAUUAGCAGCAGCCAGAGUGUCUUUGAGGUUCUAGAUUACCUGUCAAGGUGGCUUCAAGGCAAGAAAAAACAACUGAAUGCUCUAAAUCUUCAGUCAUAUCAGUCGAGUCGGUCCCACAAAGAUGCCAGUCGGGAUUCACUACUCGACAAAUAUGCCUCGCAGAUCAAAUCGGUUGAAGCGUUACUUGCUGCAAUCCCACCAGAAAUCAUCUCAAAGAGAGCCGUCGAAUGCAAAUCGUUCUCCAGGGCUCUCUUCCACUGGGAACAAUACAUCCGCAAGUGCAAGUCACAAACGGAACCACAAGAAUCGACCAGCUCUGAACAGCUGUACGAGAGACUGCAGGAUAUUUACAGCCAGAUUGACGAACCCGAUGGAAUAGAGGGUAUCUCGAGUCAUCUAUCGGCCCUUAGUAUUGAUCAGCAGGUUCUGGAGCAUCGGAAGGCGGGUAGAUGGGCCACCGCACAGAGUUGGUAUGAGCUGGAGUUGGAGAAAGAACCCGAUAAUAUUGAUGCUCAGUGGAACCUCAUCACCUGUCUCAAGGAAUCUGGCCAGCAAGAUGCAAUUGUCACUCGAUUUGAGGUUCUCAAGCAGUAUGAACCUGCUGCUUCUCGACUCCUGCCAUUUGCAGUUGAAGCCUCAUGGAUCACUAGCAGGUGGGACAAGCUACAGGGGUACCUCGAACUCUGUGCUGACAAAGAGACCGGAGAAUUCAAUGUUGGCAUUGGAUCGGCUCUCAAUGCCCUUCGCGAGAAGGGAACCGCUGCUUUCGUGGAAAUCAUCAACGAACUCAGACUCGGCGUGGCAAAGUCAUUGACAGCUAAUUCCGUGGCUUCGUUACAGUCCUGCCACGAUGACAUGCUUCGAUUACAUGCAUUGGCAGAUGUGGAAGCCAUUGUUCACGCAGGACCUGACGAAUCCCAUCCUCCCAAGGAUUUCUUGCUCCGCACCAUGAACCGCAGGUUAGAUGUACUUGGGGGUUAUCUUGCUGACAAGCAGUAUCUGUUGGGCUUAAGGCGAGCGGCAAUGGAGCUAACGGGCGGCUUUGGCAACUCUGACAUAUCUGCUGCUUGGCUCACCAGUGCCCAUCUCUCGAGAAAAGGCAAUUUCACUGGCCAAGCAUACCACUCGAUGCUACAUGCCGCACGCUUAAAGGAUCGGUCGGCUACCAUUGAACACGCCAGACUGCUUUGGAAAGACGGACACCACCGAAAAGCAAUCCAGACUCUGGAAGGUGCCAUAGCGUCUAAUGAUUCGAACAUAACAACCUCCUCUGUUGAUUCCCAGACCGCCUCCUUCCUUUCAGGUCGUGGGAAGAAUCAGAAUGAGACUGCUGCUGUGGCACAUCUCAUGUUAGCGAAAUGGACAGACAGGGCCGGGCAAACGCAUUCCCAUGCCAUUGUUCAACGAUAUCGAGCAGCCAUCAGGCUAUAUCCCAAAUGGGAAAAGGCGCACUACUACUUGGGGAAGCAUUACAACAAGAUCCUUGAUCUCGAAAAGGUCAAGCCCAUGGGGAAAGAGGCACAGAUCUACCUGAGUGGAGAAGCCACAAAGUUGGUGAUUGAUAAUUACCUUCGCUCACUGACAUAUGGGUGCAAAUACGUGUUCCAAACACUGCCGAAGAUCUUAACGCUUUGGCUAGAACAUGCAUCUGUCGUCGACCAGCCAAUGGACCCGAAAAGAGGCGAUAACGAGGAUUUCCGGCAACAUACCCAUGCCCAGAGACUCAAGAGUUUGGAUGAGAUACACAGUCAGCUGAAAAAAUACAUCUCAAGUCGCCUUCAGGCUUUCUUGUUGUUCACGAUCCUGCCCCAAGUGGUAGCUCGUAUUUGUCAUCGCAACAACACCGUUUACGACCUUCUAACAAGAAUGGUGACAAAGGCUGUUCAAAGCUUCCCACAACAAGGCUUGUGGACUGUCCUUGCGGUAGUCAAAUCCUCCAACAAGGACCGGGCUCUCAAAGGGCAGGCUUGUCUGAGCAAGAUUCAGGAUUAUAGCAGCAAGGUGAAGAAAGACACUACUGAAAUUCGCCGCAUGAUUCUGCAAGGCCAAAAGUUCUCUGAUGAGUUGCUUUCACUUUGUCUCGCUCGUGUGGAAGACAGAGCCUCCAAGGUCACUCUUGCUCGAAAUCUCGGUUUCAACCAUAAAGUCGCUCCUUGUCGACUGGUUGUGCCUUUCCAGGCAAUGUUGAUUCCCAGUCUCCCUGUCAUUCAAGAUUCUGAGCAUUUGAAAGGGUUCCGGCCCUUCCCCCGUGAUCCAACGACGAUAGAGGCCGUUCUCGACGAGGCCCAAAUCCUCAACUCUCUUCAGAAACCCCGCAAGAUCAGCAUUCGAGGCUCAGACGGAAAGAUCUACAAUGCACUUUGCAAACCCAAAGAUGAUUUGCGCAAGGAUCAACGCCUGAUGGAAUUCAACAAUAUGAUCAAUCGCUUCUUGAAGCGAGAUGUCGAGUCCAGCAAGCGACGAAUGUACAUCAAAACUUAUGCUGUGACUCCCUUGAAUGAGGAAUGUGGUAUCAUUGAGUGGGUCGAUAACCUUCGCACCCUGAGGGACAUUAUCGUCAAGCACCUGCGCGAGCGAAGAAUCGCACCGAACUACACCGAGAUCAGGCAUUACCUCGACGAGAUUUGUGCAGACAAAACAUUUUCGAAAUUGUCUCUCUUCAACACAAAGAUUCUAACCAAGCUUCCUGCUGUACUUCACGAAUGGUUCAUUGAAAUGUUCCCGGAAACCGAAUCGUGGUUCACGGCAAGACUACGGUAUACGCGGUCUUCAGCUGUAAUGUCAAUGGUUGGAUAUGUUCUAGGACUUGGCGAUCGGCAUGGCGAGAAUUUGUUGUUUGAAGAAGGAACAGGCGGUAUCCUUCACGUCGACUUCAAUUGUCUUUUCGACAAGGGUCAAACAUUCGAAAAACCCGAGGUCGUUCCAUUCCGCCUGACUCAUAACAUGAUAGACGCAUUUGGUGCUUACGGAUACAAUGGACCCUUCCGCAGAACCUGCGAGAUCACCCUCGGCCUCUUACGACAAAACGAAGACGCACUUAUGACCAUCCUAGAGACUUUCCUGCACGACCCAACAACAGAUUUCAUUGGGAAAAGACGUCGCACUCAUGUCAACGUUCCCGAUACACCGGCCGGUGUCUUGGAAGAUGUCCGCAAUAAACUUCGUGGUUUCAUGUCCAAACAGCCUAUUCCAUUGUCUGUGGAUGGACAAGUGGAUGAGCUGAUCGUUCAAGCGACUGACAAGAAGAAUCUUGCAUCGAUGUAUGUUGGUUGGUGUGCUUUCUUCUGAGCUUACAAAGACCUGUCCCGGUCACAAUGCAGUCUUGACUAGAAUUUUCAAAUAACCCCACCGAUCUGGCUG